GAGAGAGGAAAAAGAAGGAAGAGACCAAGGCCUAAAACAUUCCUGACUUCCUUUUAAUAGUUUAAGCCAGUUCAAGGGGGGAGGCGGGGGGGGGGAAAGGCUUCCCCAGAAAGGAAGAAGAGGGGAGAGUUUCCUUGACCCAACCCGCGAACGUGUGAAUGCGACUCCUGGUAGGCUGCAGUGUUUGCAAAAAAGCGGGGGGAAAGAGCGGAGGAGAAUCUGGGCUUCGGCGGGUUUCCUUGCAAAAGGAGCUGAGUGCAUCGGAAGGAGAAGCAAGCGAGUGCUGUUGUUUUCCUGCCCCUUCCUCCAGAUGUGCGAGGGGGGCCCACAAGGUUGGAUCCAGCUCUUUUCACCUGUACACUCAUAAUGACUGGAGUUAACACAGAGACGUAAACGUCCAUCUGCUCGUUGGGUUGACCUCAUAAGGAGUCCACAUGCAGACAUGGCGAGCUGUUGCGCAGUGCCCAGAUGCAACAACCGGCGGUGGCGUGGAUCCCACGUCACGUUUCACAGGUUUCCUCUCACAAAGGAAGACCAGUUGAAAAAGUGGCUCGUGAACAUCGGACGUCAGAACUUCACUCCCUCGUACAAUGACGUCGUGUGCUCAGAGCACUUUAGGAGGACGGAUUUUUGGGGCAAAGUAGCUUCCGGGCGGCGGGAACUCAAACCUGGAGCAAUCCCGACUGUCGUUCGUCGACCGAAAAAGGGCUCUGGAAAGGGUCUGGCUAAAACGAGAAAGUGCCUUGUCCGGCGUAAACCACCCGAUCGGGAACCAAGCAGCCAAACUUUGGCAAUCGGCGAAAGCGAUGUCGAAACAGCAGCAGCAGCCUCCAAGAGCGACAUUGUGAUCCUGGAGCAUUCGUACUCUGCACCAGCAAGCCCAGCCUCUUCUGCCUUGGAUCUCCGGGUGGCGUCGAUCCGGGAGAAAAGCAGCGCCGCAGACUCGGAGGCGAGGAAGAGCCCUCGGCUCCUCCAGGCGAGGAUCAGGAGAGAAUGCAGGGAGAGGUCGGGGCCGAAUGUCCCGGAGGAGCCCAUCGACAACUCGGACGCCCAGCGCCAACACUUCCGCCAGUUCCGCUACGAGGAGGUCCAAGGGCCCCGAGAGCUUUGCAACCGGCUCUGGGACCUUUGCCACCAGUGGCUGAAGCCCGGGAAGCACACCAAACUGCAGAUGCUGGAGCUGGUGAUCCUGGAGCAGUUCCUGGCCAUCCUGCCCCGGGAGAUGCAGGAUUACGUCAAGGAAGAGGGACCCACGGACUGUGACCACGCCGUGACGCUGGCGGAGGAUUUCCUACAGAGUCAGCAAGAGGCAGAGGAGGGAGUGACUGAUUUGUCCAAAGCAAAGAAGACUCCCUCGCAGGCUCGGCGUACAGCACAAGCCAGAAGAAUUGUCAAGAAGGAGGACGGGGAUGCUGCCACACUGGAAGACGUGACUGUGAGCGACGGCCGAGCGGAGGGCAUUUCAGAGGAGGUCCUUGUGCCCGAAGAAGUCGUAUCUCAGGAGGAAGUCUCCACUGUGGUUGAGGCUGUUGAAACAGGUGCCAUGAUGGGGAGCCAAGGGGAGGAGGCGAAGCCCUGCGAAGGAUUGCCAGGCGGAGGCGAGGACAAAGACGUGGAAGAAAACAGAGCGACAGAGAAAGAGACUCAGACAGUGGCAGCAGGAAGCAACCAAGCACAGAAGUACGAAGAUGAAAGCUGUCAGGCAGAAGGACCUGGGCAGGCAGGCAGCGGUGCGACGUCACUGGAAGACUGUGAAUGUGAUGGUUUGCAGGGUCUGAACCUCACUGUUCAUGAGAGGUCUCAUAUGGCGGAGAAGCCUUUUGGCUGCUCCAAGUGUGGGAAAAGCUUCAGCCGCAAAUCGCUCCUUCUCGAACACCGAAGAUCUCACCCAGGAGACACGCGAUACGGAUGUUCCGUUUGUGAAAAAAGGUUCAACAAGCGAGCACGCCUCAUUGCACAUGAGAGAUCUCAUACAGGAGACAAACCCUAUCAGUGCUCUGACUGUGGGAAGUCCUUCAGUCAGGAAGCAUCCCUUGCUACGCACCAGAGGACCCAUACUGGGGAGAAACCAUAUGAGUGCCUCGAGUGUGGGAAAAGUUACCCGUGGAAAACAUCCCUUGCCGUACAUCAGAAAAUCCAUGCGGGAGAGACCUACACCUGCCCCGUCUGUGAGAAAAGCUUCAACCAGAAAUCGUUGCUUAGGAUACACAAGAGAAUCCACACGGCCGAGAAGCUGUACAAGUGCUCCGAUUGCGACCAGAGCUUCACCCUUGAGAAAUACCUGAAUGCGCACAGGGUGAGGGCUCACACCCGAGAGAGGCCGCACGCGUGCGCCCAUUGCGACAAAACCUUCAUCUUCAAAUAUUCCCUCAUCGAACAUCAGAGAAUGCACACAGACGAGAGGCCCUUCAAAUGCUCAGACUGCGGCAAGCGCUACAACGGGAAAGCGGCUCUUGUCGUACACCAGAAUACCCACGCGGGAGAGAAACCCUAUCUUUGCCAAGACUGUGGUAAGAGCUUCAAAACCAAAUGCGCCUUGACCGGACACGAGAAGCGCCACAGAGGAGAGAAGCCCCACAAAUGCUCGCACUGCGACAAAAGCUUCUACUGGAAGCAUCGCCUUAUUUUACACGAGAGAAUCCACACAGGAGAAAGGCCGUACCAGUGCCCCGAGUGCGGGAAGAGCUUCCGGUACAGAAACAACUUGACAAAGCACAAGAGGAACACGCACGAGACGAUUCGCACGGGGGACAGGACCUACCAGUGCUCGAUCUGCGGCAAAAGCUUCCGAUGGCGACGGAGUUUCAUUUUGCACGAGAGAGCCCACACGGGGGAGAAGCCCUACAAGUGCCCCGAAUGUGGGAAGAGCUUCAUGAGCAGAGUGUCCCUCAUAGUUCACAAGAGAAUCCACACAGGGGAGAGGCCCUACCAGUGCCCCGAGUGUGGGAAGAAGUUCAUUAAAAAACAGGCCCUCAGUAAACACAAGACAGUCCACACAGGGGAGAGGAGAUACCUGUGCACCGCAUGCGGACGGAGGUUUUCUAACAAAGGCAACCUGAUCAGGCACAUGAAAAUCCACACCGGCGAGAAACCGUACGUCUGCCCCAUAUGUGGGAAAAGUUUCAUUCAGAAGGUGUGUCUGAUUGAACACGAGCCGACCCACAGCAAAGAGAAGCCCUACGUCUGCACGGAGUGCGGGAAAAGGUUCAAGCGGAAAAGGGGGUUCUUGCUGCAUGUGAGAAUGCACAGAGGAGAGGUGCCCCGCGAAAGCCCCAAGAAAAGCCUCAACGGCGGGGAAGCUGUCAGCGCGAGCCCCAAGCCCCCCGCCAAAGAGAAGUCCCACCCCUGUUUGGACUGCGGGAAGAGCUUCCACUCCGAAUGCCACCUUAUUAUGCACCAGAGGACGCACACGGGAGAGAAGCCGUACCAGUGCACCGAGUGCGGGAAGCGCUUCAGCCAGCAGUCGUCCCUCAACACGCACCAGAGAGUCCACACGGGGGAGAAGCCGUCGCUCUGCACCGAGUGCGGGAAGCGCUUCCACAACAAGAGCAACCUGGCGCGCCACCAGCGGAUCCACACGGGGGAGAAGCCCUUUGCCUGCCCCGAGUGCGGGAAAACCUUCAACCAGAAAGCCUCCCUGGAGGCGCACAAGGCCACCCACAGCAAAGAGAGCCCCUUCUCGUGCGCCGACUGCGGGAAGAGGUUCAAGCUGAAGGUCUCCCUUCUCGUGCACCAGAGGACGCACACUGGGGAGAAGCCCUACGAGUGCCUGCAGUGUGGGAAAAGGUAUAUCAGGUGCUCACAGCUGAGGAGGCACGAAAGGACACACGCCAUGCAAACAGAGUUGGUUGCUGAACCUGUUGAAGUUACAGAAUUUCCUGUGGAAGCAAUAAGUACUGCUGUGAUAAGUGUGGAUGGUGAUUUAUUUUUUGUGCAAACUACCGCAUAGAUUCCGACUGGCGACACAGGGGACCGGAGGUGAGCUUCCUCGAUCAAGAUUGCCAGCCUGAAAAUGAACAAAAAGAAGUUUUAAUUAAUUUACGUAUUACGUUUUUUGUUAUACUGCUCUGUGGCCCAAAGCCCUCUGUGAGUGGUUUAUACUUAAGUGCAGAUUUUUUUAAAAAAAGAAAAAGCACCGGAAUAUAUGAAAUUGCAAUAUAUAACAGUAUAUAGAUAAAUGUUGUUAAUAAUGUAAUUUAAAUACACGUACUCUGGAAUGAAGUAAGUCUUCGGCUGGUUGGUCUUAGGCCCUCGGCCUCCACUUCCCUUUGUUGUGACUGCAAGGAUAAAAUAUUGAGGGUGAGGGCAUGUCCUCCUCAUCUUUUAACGGCCAAGUUGGAAAUGUGUCUAUGCAAACGUACACACAUUAAAUACAUGUACGCACAUAUCUGUGCAUGCUUGCCGAAAGGCAUCAGGUGGAUGAACUUGAUGAACCUCCUUGUACCAUAGGUCCCCGGAUUACGAUCCUAUGGCUGAUAGAGGUCUCUGUCCUGUGGCAACCUACCCAUCGCAUAUGGCAUGGCCUCUUUUUCCUGGCUGCGUGGCUAUACCAAGAUUAUCAUUUAGAAGUUCCUUGCACAGCACGGAUUCAGGAGGAGUGGGGUUGUAUUAGUCACUGCUGCUGCCUCUGUCCCAUCCCUGCUGCCCCUAUCUUCCUUUUAGAGGCUCCUCACAUUAUUUAGAUUGGGACCAGGACGACUUCCUGUUGCAGACAUUCGUUCCUCCAUGUAUUUGGGGAGGGGGCCCCAUGGCUCAGGACGAGGGUGCAAAGGGGUGGGGCAUGGCAUGGCAUGGCUACCCAGAACAUUUCUCCUCUCCUUUAGCCGAUUCUAUUUUAAAAGCCCAAACAAAGCGCUAGUUUAACUGGAAACCCCUGAAUCAGUUUACACCAAGCUACUAUUUGUUCUUCUGCCUCCUCCCGCGGUCAUUUCUUAAAAACACAAAUUGGUAUAGAAAGGAAAUAAUAAUAAUAAUAUCCAGUUUGAAUGUAACUAGUUCUACUAGCAAAUUUACCAGCCCUUGUUCGACUUGUUGUAAUUUUUAAAAAAAAAAAAACCACAACCCUGCUUUGUAGCCAUGCUCUAGACACUGCUCCAAGUGCUUCUAAUUAUUUUUGUAUAUCGGUAAGAGAUUAUUUUGAAUCGCUGACUAAAUAAAGCUACGUUACCUGUACAA